AUGGAUUACUCAACAGACUACAAAACAAACCCACUAAAUCGGAUAAUUGGGCUUUCAGUUAUAUUAUCCGUUGGAUUCUUGCUAGUCAUAUUAGCAGGAAUAUAUGGCAACUGGUUUCCCAUUGUAAUCGGACUUAUAUUUUCAGUGGCAUAUCUACCAGUGGCUGUCACAAGAAGACUCAAUAGUUUCGAUCCUUUUAGCACACCCAAUACAAACGUAUUAGCAGAACUGGGACAAUUUUUGACGGCAUUCUUGCUAGUUAGUGGACUUUACUUGCCAAUUGUUUUGCACCACUCGUACAUAUUGACCACGACAGCGGCAGCAUUGACAAUAAUCGGUGGGGUAUUAAUCUUCGGAACAGUCUACACUUUUAGUCACUACUUCGAUGAACCGGAAGAAGAUGAUGGAUUGGCAAAUUUAUAA